AUGUUGGCAAAAUCUAUCUUUGUUAUCUCCCUCCUUUUGGCUUCCGCAGCUGCGAAACCAACCAAAACCCGUAUAGCCACUACAAAAACCACCUUCGUCACGGUGACGCCAGCGCCAACUACCACCAGUCUAGGACCACCAUGCGUUGGCUGGCAAGGGGAUACCACAUACUGUGCCACAAGAUCCGGAUGUUGGACUUAUUGGAAGAGCGGAACUGCUGAUGGUAGAUGCAUUAAUACUGCCCACGAAUAA